AUGAGACGAGCAAUUGGUCGUCCAAAAAAAUUGAGAAACAAGGCAAAUGAUGAACCAAAGAACCCUCACGUGCUUUCAAGGAGAAUUGCAACUAUUAAUUGUAAGAAGUAUGGAGAAAUGGGACAUAACAAGAGAAGUUACAAGGGUAAAAGAGAUGCUGAUAGAGCAAUACCAAGGGGAGGAAACAAAGCAAAGAAGGCAAUGACCAUUAAGGGUGGAAACAAAGCAAAGAAGGCAAAGAACAUUAAGGGUGGAAACAAAGCAAAGAAGGUGAAGAAGUCAAGUGAAAACCAGGAUGAGAUUGGACAGUGCAUAUCCGAUUCUUCCGAUAACGAUUUGGGAUAUACGAGUGCCGAUCUGGAAUUGCUUUCGCUUGUCAUAAAUGAGGAUCAUGAGAAAAAGUGGUCUUGUGAUUGGAAAACAAGGAAUACUCUAAUCUCUACUUUAGGAGUUGAUGAAUAUUACAAUGUUUCUCACUACAAAACUGUUAAAGCUAUGUGUGACUCAUUAGUAGUUACCCAUGAGGGUACAAAUGAAGUCAAACAAGCUAGAAUCAAUACUUUGAACCAGGAGUUUGAACUAUUUCAUAUGAAACAUGGUGAAACCAUUGUCGAUAUGAAAAAGAGGUUCACUCAUCUUAUAAAUCGUUUGAAUGCAAUUGGUAAGCCGGUUUCCAAUGAAAUUUCUACUAACAAAAUUUUGAGAUGUCUUAAUAGGGAAUGGCAACCUAAGGUCAUCGCCACCAAGGAAGUUAACAACCUAUUGACAUUAGACACUACUACUUUGUUUGGUAAGCUUAAAGAACAUAAGCAAGAACUCACUUGCUUUGAGAAGCAUGAGAAGAAGAUUAAGAAAGAAAAGAACAAGGAAAAUGAGAGAAAUGGAUUGAAGCACUCCAACAAGAAUCUCAUCAACUAUAGGAGACAAGCAAAUUCCUUAAAGCAAGAUGAGAAUAAAAAAGAAAAAUCCAAAGGUUUAGGUUUUAAUUGUGGAAAAUUCGAUCAUUAUAAGCCGGAUUGUCCAUUACUUAAGAAGGAUACAGGAAAUGGUCAAUACAAGAAGUCUACCAAGCCUAAAAGAGCAUACAUAACUUGGGAAAGUGAUAAUGAAUCCUCAAGUGAAAGUGAUGAAGCGGAAAUUUUUUGCCUCAUGGCCCAUCAUCAUAAGAAGAAAAAUGUAAGUCAUUAUAAAUAUGAACCUAUUGAUGAAAUGUCUUAUUCUGAAUUACAAAUUGCUUUUGAAAAUCUAUAUGAUGAAGUUGUAGAUGCUUUUAAAAGCUUGGCAUCAAAUAAGAGAAUAUUUUCAUACUUAGAAGUCAAAGUCUUAGAAACUGAAAAACAAAUGGAAGCUCUUAAGCAAACCAAGUUGGAUGCUUCAAAAGUUGAUGUUGAGGAUGAGAAACCUUCUUGGUUUGGGUGUGAAACUUGUCACAUUUGGAAAAAAGAGGUUAUUACUCUAAAAGCCAAAUUGAACCAGACUUUAGAACAAAAAGUUGCAUUCUCUAUCAAUCAAACAAAAUUUAAAAGAUCUUUAAAUGUGUCGUACAAGAAGUACAAUUUUGCUGUAAGGGAAUCUAAUAGUGAAAGUCACUCACAUCAUCACUUGACUUGUCACUAUUGUUGCAAGAAAGGACAUACCAUUUCUAAAUGUAAAUUUAGGUGA